AUGCAAAAUACAACAAAUACAAAUGAGUGGAUUAACUGGAUUGAAGAAGCUAUAUCAAAAGAAUAUUUUAGAUUUUAUGAUCAAAACCAUUUUAGUAACUUACAAAAAAUUGGUAUGGGAGGAUUUGGAAAAGUUUAUCGUGCAAAUUGGAAAAGUUCAGGACAAUGUUUUGCGUUAAAAUCCUUUUUUAAUUUUAACGACCUCACAGCAAAAGAAAUCGUUCAUGAGCACUCCAGUAAUGUAUUGGUCCAUCAAAAUACCGUCAAGUUAUCCGACUUCGGCUUAUCAAAGAGAAUUGAAUCAUCAUCCAAUUCACAGUCAAAACUUUUUGGAAUAAUUCCUUACGUUGAUCCGAUAAGAUUCAGCGGACGAAGAAAGAAUAAAAACUCAACGCCAUUAUGCUCAUCAACUGAAAAAAGUGAUAUAUAUAGCGUUGGCGUAUUGUUCUGGGAGAUAUCCAGUGGUCAGCCUCCCUUUUGUACUGAAGGUGAACAAUAUGAUAUUGAUCUGGCUUUAGAAAUUUCACAAGGUCUUAGAGAAGAACCUAUUCCAAAUACGCCGGAAGAUUAUAUUAAAAUUUAUACUGGUGCGUAA